AUGAAACCCGAUCCUUUCUUAUUCAUCUCAUCUCUGGGUGACUGCUUGCAUACCCUACGUAUCUUGCUUGGACCUAAAGACGAAACUGUGAUAUCCCUAGGACGUAAAUUCAAGCUCAAUUCUGGAGUUAUGCGUUCGAGCUACAUAAAUCUUGCUGCUAAUGACCUGACAGCUAUCUGCGCAUGUCGUCGCGACGGCUCUUCGCGUGGCGGCGUGGGAUACCGGCAUAUCGACAGUGCUGCUGUCGGCUUGAAUGAAGCUGAAGUAGGACGGGGAUGGAAGAAGUUGGGUGUGCCCCGAGAGGGGAUAUUUUUAACGAGCAAGCUGUGGAAUACGCACCACCAUCCGAGCCAUGUCGAAGAAGCGCUCGACAAAACAGUCAAGGAUCUACAGACGAAUUAUCUGGACUUGUAUCUGUUAUAUCCACUGGGCCAUAUCCUUCAUACCUACCAACGACACAUUCCAGCAUCUCGACCCGGUCACAAACGAUUCCGUUUAGUGGACAUUCCCAUCGGUGACACUUGGGCAGCGAGGGAGAAGCUAGUCAAUGCUGGCAAGAUUCGAAGUCUUGGAGUCAGCAAUUUAUUCACCAUUGAGAAGAUGGAGGAACUACUUAACACGGCAGACAUUCCUCCCGCAGUCAACCAGAUCGAGGCGCAUCCUUACCUCCUUCAGCCCAAAAUCUAUAUCUCACCAAUAACCUACAAUAGCAUGCACAUCUUGUUGACUGUUCCCCAGAAUAUCCUACCUGCUGCGUACAGCCCUCUGGGCAACAAUAUCUUCGGUGGACCUCGGUAUACUAAAUCCUCGUACCUGCUGGCGAAUUCGAAGCUCCUAGAAAACUCGGCCAAUAUGGCGCGAGGCCCGCGUUCUGAAAUCGCGAGGAGACCGGCGUCCGUUCAACCUGACGAAGGAACACCUGGACCAAUUGAAGCUGAAGCUCCUUUGGAUAGAGCUUCUCUAGCUCUUCCUUGGAAAGUACGGCUCGCGGGGCACAAGAAGGGGAACCUCAUGGAAAAAUUCCAGAAAAACAGCAAUUGGGUGCAAAGUUAG